AUGAGAACAACAUCAGCAAGAAAGGGUCGCAGCAACAAAAUCUACACAGCCAGAGGUCCGAGAGAUAGGAGGAUUCGGUUGUCAGCAGACAUUGCUAUUCAAUUUUAUGAUGUUCAAGAUCGACUUGGCUAUGAUCGUGCUACUGAAGCAGUCGAUUGGCUCAUCAGUAAGGCCAAAGGUUCAAUUGAUAAGCUAUUUGACAACUCUUUCCAACAACAAUCUAAGCACCUCACUCACUUAGGUGCUCAAAACAGUUUUUACCAGAGUGAAUAUUACCUUACAGAAAGUAUGUCAGGUAGAGAAGAUUCUGGUGCCAAGGUUGAUCCUCUACCAGAAAGUAUAUCAAGCCGAGAUGACUAUGGAGCGCCUAAUCUCCACAACUCGUACGACAACAUAUCAAUGUAUAAUUGUACAAUGGACAGCUCCAUGAUCUUGCCUUGCAUUCAAAUGGAAAACAGCUCAGAAAAUUUUGCUCAUCCAACUAUCUCAACCCCUCUAGGCCUACAGCAUAGCAGUCUGCCUUCUUUUCAGCAGAUGGAGAAAAAUGGCCAGAAUUCAAGAAUGGUAAUGUUCAACUCCAAAUUUACUUCAAAAUAUGGUGAGCAUCCAUUUAUAUCAAACUCUGAGCCAUUAUUUUUUCAAGCUCCAAACAACGAAUCAUCUUCGUCGUUUCACACACCUAUAAGUGAUCCGGAACUCAAUCUUUGCCUUCCUGGCUACUGCACAUCAACCUUCAGUGAUUCUGAACAGUGGUCUAUUUUCUAA